AUGGAUGACAAUACGCCAAUGAUGAUACUUGGUUUCGUAGCUCAAAUAUUCAAAGCUUGUGAUGACCCAAUUAUUUUGUCGACACCAGAAACUGCUGUAGUGUGUCAUCUGUUUACCGAACUUUGUCGUGAAGCUGGAUGGAACGUGCGAUUAAUACUAAUAGAUCAACUAAACUAUUUGAAAGACAAUGAGAAAAACGACAAAGUAUAUCCAAAUCUAUUCAAUUCCUUAUUUCCCGAAGUUACAGGCAUUAUUACCGAACGGUCUGACUUGGAUUCUGCCGUAGACGCUUUCUUGGAUGCUGAGUUUCACCCAGUGCCGCUUACACGUCUUCUCGUCCAAGAAAAUGUUUUUGAAGAAUUUCAGAAUACCUUAGAUUGGAAAUGCAAAUUACGUCAUGAUAAAUCCGAACCAGAUAUGCAAGAAUUAGUAGAAAAAUGCUCAAAAUCAUUUAGAUAUGGAAAUAAAUUAUUUUUGAUUGAUUAUGCUGGAUGUUAUAUUCGGCAGGGUUCAAAACAAGUUGUGUUAGUAGAAGCUUUUAGAAGUGUUAAAGAAUUGCUGGCAUUUAUUCCUAAGUACAAACAACUAUGCUUAUCAAUAUGGGCUAGUUGCGUUUCAGAAGCUAAUGAAAUAGCUCUUAACGUCGAUGUUCCAAUUAUAUGGGUAAAUGAUUAUUGUAAUUUCACUGGAUGCGAUGAAAUCAGUAAAGCAAUUUACAAAAGAAUUGAUUCAGUGAAUGUGACCGUCAAAGCUAAUAGUUCCAUUGUUAAAAUGCUCAAAACACAGGAGCAAUGGUUGAAAAAAACUUAUACCGAGCGUUGUGAUGCUGUGUUACAAGUAAUCAAAAGUAAAGACCUCAGUUUAGGAGAUAAGAUUGAACCUGAAUUACCGAGUUGGAAAAUCAACAACUUUAUCUCUAUCAACAACGAUACGAUGAUAUUGGGAUUUAAUGUACCAGAUAAAAUGGUGUUAUACAACACAUUUGGAACUGUAGCAGUGCCGUCCCCGUGUUUUGAUAACAUUAUCAGGGCACUUAUAAAUGGGAGUGCCGUUAUAAUUGCAUCAAAACCUAAAAACGAAGAGGAAAUAUUCAUUGAAUUUGAAGCAGAGGGAAUACCUGUAGCUUUUGUAGAUGAAACGGAGACGAAUGAAUUAAAAGACAUAAAGGUGCCUCUUGGUGAUAGUUGGUGCUUCCAAACAAAAGUGAUUUGGACAACAUAUGGAACAAUAUUUGCUAAUUGA